UCUCUGCAGACUUGUUACAACCCAUCUUACCCGAGUUGCUAGUCUAUACUUCUUCUAAAUUACUAAACAAUCACCCAUAUCGAGUGAAUCAAGUAGUCGAAGAUGCCCAAAGAGAAAAAUUACAACCCCGUGCAGGCGCAGCGUAAAGCCGACAAGGCGAGGGAGAUAAAAAAAGGCAAGGCCGAGGUCCAAGCCCGCCGCAACGACCGCCUCGCCAAGCGCAACCCAGAAGGGAUCAAGCGGCAGAUCGACGACCUCAAGGCGGUGGCCGAGGGCGGCGGCAAGCUCUCGUCGCACGAGGAGUCGGUCCUCGAGGGGCUGGAGAAGGAGCUCAAGGCCGUGCUCAAGGCGCGCGAGCUGCUCGGGGACAAGGCGCCGCAGUUUGGCAGCGGUCGGCCGCACCGCGACGGUGGCAGGGACGACAGGGGCUCGCUGGGCAAGAGGAGAAGGGGCGAUGAUGGCGCGCUGCGAAGGGAUAGCGACAGCGAUAGUGACGAGGUUCCCGAGGACGUCGCCAGGAUCCCGAUGCCGCGGGACACGCCGCCGCCCAUCCCGAAGGAGGUUCUGGAUAAGUGGUGGGCAAAGAGGAGGGCGAAGCGUAGUGGCGGCAACAACAACAAUGGCAAUAAUGCGAGUGCGGAUGCCAGUGCGGGCGCUGGAAGCAGUGCGAAUGCGGUGCCGCUGACGAAAGAUAGGGGGUUGGGCCGAGGCUCCAACAGCGACACGGCUCUGCCGCCAAAGCCUGCACCGGUGGCUACUACAGAGCCCAAGGUGGUCUACGAGUCUAAGCCUGUCGUGAGGGACUUGAGGAAGGAGGCAGUCAGCGCCUUUGUGCCUUCGGUCGUGCAGGCUAAGCUAUCCAAGGGCAAAGGCGAAAGCGGCGCGCUGCUGGAGCCCGAGGAGGCCGACCGGCUCGAGCAGGAGGGCUAUCUUAAGGCUACGGGUGCAGGGCCUUCCCAGACGGGAGUUGCCUCGGGAGAGACGGAAAAUGCGGCAUCAGAGCAGAUGAACAGGGCACCGCAUCAGGUCAUGAUGGAGGAGGUCGACGACGAGGAGGGUUGAACGUCUGCAAUCCAGCCUCGCAGAAGCCACUUUAGUCAAUUGGACUCAGGCACGGAGACGGACAGCCCUCCGACCCAUCUAUCUUUGGGGCCAAGAGCGAUUCGGAAAGCACCGACUGCCGAUUGCCGAGCACCUAUGAAAAGCAGCGCGGAGGGCGCCGAUGGAGGUGCGGAGUCGGCCGCAGGGCAGACGGUCAACUUGCAAAAUUCGUGCAAAGCAAGGUGUGACUGGGCACUACUCCUAGGCACUACUCCUAGGCCUGGCAUUGGAAUAUGUUUAAUCGGGCUACUACAGCAAGUACAGGAAGCAGACUUUCACAAACUCCUGAAUUGUGCAGGACAGGGAUGGUUAUGAACAUUUCCAACCACGUGUGGUCAGUUAGUUGCAGUAGUCUAGGGAGCCAGCACCGAUAUCGGGCUCAGUCGGCAUUGGCAUUUAAAAUAAGAUCGAACAAACCUAAUCGGUCCUAGUUAUUAUAUAUGAAGUGCAAUGUGUGG